UGGACUGCCCGAGGACUGUGAGAGGAAUUGGUUUGCCCAGAAGCCGGACUUGGUGUGCACAUCCUCCCUAUCCCAAUCGAGUCCAGCCCAGUUUGCCCGUUGGCUACCUUAGUACCUUGCCGUGGUGUGUAUUACGUCGUGGGCUCUUGCGUGCGAAACACCUGCUUUUUUGCCCGUACUUCGUACCCGUCCCGAACCGUGGUCAAUUACCCUGUUCGCCUGCUUUGCCUUCCUUACCUUACCUUACCUACCUUACCACAGGUUCCCUCCUUACGUUCGUACUCUUUCAAGAAUCCUUGACCUUACCUUACAAUCCAUCGACUUUUCUAAUAUCGCCCCGCGCGCAACACUCCUUCGACACCGUCUCACCCCCUCUCACAUUUAUCUCGCAAAUUCUUUUCUUCCCGUUGCCCAGGCCGAGGCCUGUUUCGAUUGCGCCGCAUUCUCCUAAUCUACUCUACAUCACCAUAAGCUUUGCACCCACCCAAGCCCACCAUGUCGGUCGAAAUCGAGCCCACCGAGCUGAGCUUCAAGCGUCCCUUCACUGUCGAAGUCGCUCGGAUUCUGCGGAUCAAGAACCCGAACCAGUCCCCCAUCGCCUUCAAGGUCAAAACCACCGCCCCGAAGCAGUACUGCGUUCGCCCUAACUCGGGUCGUGUUGAGCCUGGACAAGAUGUCGAGGUUACGGUCCUUCUCCAGGCCAUGAAGACAGAGCCAGCUCUCGACACCAAGUGCCGCGACAAGUUCCUGGUCCAGUCCGUCUCCAUCACCGCUGACAAGGAAUUCGCGAGCAUUGCCAACAUUCUCGACCAGACUGACAAGUCUUCUCUCAUCGAGCGAAAGAUCCGCGUCAACUGGCUCAACGCCGAGGACACAUUGUCCCUCAAUGGUGGCAGCGCUUCUGCUGUCGCAUCCACACCCAAUCGCCAGUCCGUAGUUAACGGCGACUAUACCCCCGAUGUCUCCAACGUCUACUCGUCUCCCCAGCAAGAUGCGGAUUCCGGCAGCCCUGCGCCUGCUCCCCGACCGUCGACCUCCGAUGUGAAGGACGAUACCGUUUCUGAGAAGGCCCAGUCUACAGUCAGCGCUGCGAGUCACGUCGUUGCCAAUACCGCCCAGGUCACUUACGAGGAGCUGAAGCAAAAGCUUUCCCAGGCCGAGGCCAAGAUUGCAAGUCUGCAGGACACCAGUGGUCUCCGGCAACGCGUCAAGACCGAGACGGAGAAGCUCCCCACGGCCCAAGAGGCUGCCGCGGCAGUGCGGCAGGGAGCCGAAGGUGUUUCGGUACAAAUUGUCGCUAUUUUGUGCUUGUUCAGUUUCCUCCUUGCUUACUUCUUCUUCUAAACCAUUCUUGGUAUUCCCCGACAAUUCCCCUUUACACGACCUUUCUACUGGAGGACUUAUGAAGCGCGCUAAGUAGCACUGGGCUGAGGCAGCAUUGCCGGUGACGCCCUUGUAGUUACUUGCCAAAAGACAAUGGCACGAUGAGCGGAAGUGUGGCGACGCGGUGAGGUGGAUGGAGAGGUGGACCAUCGACAGACAUGGAACGGAGUCAAAUCACAUGUAACCAUAAGGAUUCUUUUUGUCGUAACGGCGUGGCGUCCCGGACGCGAAGUAGUUGAUUUCAGAGACUGAUCUCAUGACGAUUUCCAUCUUCCAGUGCAGUGUG